CUUAAUUUGAAAGUCUUACCCGGAAGUGAUUGAGAAGUAUCGUCUGGUAGCAUUCAGCAACUAGCACUGCAAUUUUAACUUCGUGUCAUUUCGUAUUUGUUUGUUCUAGAUAACAUGAUCUAACGGAAACGGUGUGUGUAUUUUGUAUACCCAUUAAGGAUAGAAACACGGCACGGGACGAGUACAAUAUUUAAAUCCCGCUGACGAGUCGCCAUAAAGUAAACAUUUGCUUUGUGUGUGGUUGUCGUCCGAGUGCACAGAGGCUGUCAAGCUAAACAUGUGUGGGUGGUAAACACGCACUGUGUUCAUGAAUGGUUGACUUUCGUCAGCGCUUUGUCAGGUGAAGUCAUGGCUGACGACCCUCAGAGAAAUUUUCGCUCUGCUUAUUAUGAGAAAGUUGGCUUCAGAGGGGUGGAGGAGAAGAAAUCUUUAGAAAUACUACUCAAGGAUAAUCCUCUCGAUCUAGAAAAGUUGAGCACCUUCAGUCAGAGGUUUCCCCUCCCAUCCAUGUAUAGGGUCCAUGUGUGGAAGGUUUUGUUAGGCAUCUUGCCGCCCCAUCGUGACUCUCAUACCCUGGUUGGAAGCUACAGAAAGGAGCAGUACGAGGACAUCCUGGAGGCUCUGGAAGUGAUGAGAUACAUCAACUCGUCCACUCCGUCCACCCUGGUGUACUUGCGUAUGUUCCAGCUAGAGAGUCAGGUGCUCCCACGGUGCUCUGAAACCUCACCACCGGAUGAAGAAAACAAGGACUUCCUGUGCAUCAGUCGAGCGAUGGAGGAGAUCGUAGAUGACCCUUUUGACUGCUAUUGGCUUAUAAAAAAUUUUAUCAGCCAGUUCCAGACCAAGUUUGGAGACUCAAUUCCACACCUUCCAAAAAGCCUGGAGCACUACUUGAGUCAAGAAGAGCCUCGCCUGCUAAGUCAUUUGAAGAACAGCGGCUCCUUGGCACAACUUCCAUACAACCUCUGGUUCAAGCGCUGCUUUGCUGGCUGCCUGCCUGAGUCAAGCUUGCAGAGAGUGUGGGACAAGGUGAUCAGUGGCUCCUGUAGGAUCUUGGUGUUUGUUGCCCUGGAGAUCCUGCUCAGCUAUAAAAUUAUUUUGCUGGGAAUCAGCCGACCAGAGGGCGUGGUCAACUUUCUGUGCAAUAUACCACAGGAGAACACCGAUGCCAUCGUGACUAAAGCUAUUGACCUAUGGCACAAAUACUGUGGCACUCCAUUGCAUUCCAUGUAGCGUGCGAUGAAAUCUGGUUGGUGCCAUCCCGUAAUUCACCAGCAAUUCACUUGAUUUAUGAGACACUCCCAAUUAGACAGUGCAUGACUGAAUAAAAAAAACUGUUGUUAAAACAAGGUAGUAUAUUUUACGUAGUUGAACACUGAAAGUACCUACAGAAACAGACAUGUCUCAAAGAAGCGAAAUGUGUUAGGAAGCGUUCGGAAAAAGACAAGCUGGCAAAUCUUUCUUUCUUUAAGAAACUACACACAUCAUUGGAGAUUCACAAUAAAAAACACCCACAUACAUGUUUUCUUAGCAAAAACAUUUGAGAUCUCACUUUCUUUAUUUACAAGUAUAGUUACUUUCGAUUGCGCAUAUACUCACACACACAUCACACACAUACUGUACUUCCAUAGACCAAAACAUCCAAUCAGGUCUCAAUGAUGUUACAAGUGAUGAAUGACUAGUAGUAGACUGUAAACAGUAUACACGUAACACAAAUAUGAAGACAGCACAUACAUUUGGCAAACUGGUGAUGUAGGAGCUUAAAACAUUUAAACCAGUUAUUUUUCUCACAUUUUAAAGGAGCUUUUUAAAAUGCUAUUGGAACCCACUAGGGCACUAUUGAGGGUUUUUUUUAUAUAUAAAUACCCCAUACAUCUCAAGUUGUAUUUAAGGUAAAUCUGCAUUCCUCUAGGUCAACAUGCUCGGAUUCCGCAGCCUCGUCCCCCUGCACACCUACACUCUGAUUUGACUGAUCAAGGGUUAACUGGUCCACUCCAAGCCCCUGCCACUGCUCAAAAUUGCAUACACA